AUGAGGUUCAUAGAAUCUUCGACCAUGGAUUAUUCCUUGAACCCAAAUAAGAAUAGUAUCGGAAAGCAUUUAGCAAACGACAAAGUCAAAAAGUGGAAGAAAGUCACUUCCGUUCUCGGCAAGGACACGCUAAAGAUAGGUUAUUUAUUACAUUUAAACAUG